AUUCUUUUCCUAUUUUCCAAUACGCUAGGGGAAAGUAUGUGGCUAAGCAAAAGAAGAUUUCGCUGUUGUUGAAUGAUCUACAAACCAUCAUGGGAGACUUUUUAUCUAGUCAGCCUGUUCUGGUGGCUGGAAAUGAUGUGAAAUUUGCUUAUAAGCUUGCAAGGGAAUCAAUACUUGCUAAGGUCACUCCUCAUGAAGAUCCUCGCCAAGCAAAAGCAACUAGGAAAGAGGAGUGUGCUAUCUGUUUCAACGACAUCUAUGCUGAGCGCAUGUUUUCUGUUGACAAAUGCCGUCACCGCUUUUGCUUUCAAUGUGUGAAACAACAUGUAGAGGUGAAGCUGCUUCACGGAUUGGUUCCGAAAUGUCCCCACGGUGGCUGCAAGACUGAGCUGGUUAUCGAUGCCUGUGGCAAGCUUUUGACUCCAAAACUGAGUCAAAUGUGGCAACAAAGAAUCAAAGAGAUUGCAGUACCUGUCACAGAGAGGGUUUACUGCCCUUACCCGAGGUGCUCGGCUUUGAUGUCCAAAACCAAGAUUGCUGAAACUGCCAAGAGCUUACUGUCUGUUUAUCCCAAAUCUGGAGUUAGGAGAUGUGUCGAAUGUCGUGGCCUCUUCUGUGUAGACUGUAAAGUUCCGUGGCAUGGAAAUCUAUCCUGCACCGAGUAUAAGAAAUUGUAUCCUAACCCUCCAGCAGAUGAUGUGAAGCUAAAGUCUCUUGCUAAUAAUAAGAUGUGGCGCCAAUGUGGCAAGUGCCAACACAUGAUUGAACUGACACAAGGGUGCAAUCACAUAACUUGCAGAUGUGGGCAUGAGUUUUGUUACAAUUGCGGAGGUGGAUGGAACAAGAAAACGGAGACUUGUGUAAAACGCUGCCCAACCUGGGAUGAAGCAUACAUCAUCACACGUCAAGAUCCAGUGCGUGCCAAUGUGGCUCCUAACAACUACUUUGAUGAUGUCAUCACACGUCAAGAUCCAGUGCGUGCCAAUCUGGCUCCUAACAACUACUUUGAUGAUGAUGACGAGGAUGAGGAUGAUGAUGAUGAGGAUGAUUACGACUAUGAUGACUUCCUCCUUCAUUUUGGGCAUGCAAUGAAUGAUCCUAAACCUGAUGAGCCCUUCGACCCCUUCUUUGACUUGCCAGAUGGUGUGAUCUUUACCCCCGAUAUGCUGUCUCCCAAGAGUCGUCGCCAAUUGUACCAGUCGGAUGAUGAUGAUUCAGAUGAUAAUGCUCCUGCAAAUGAGUUUGGGGAAUACUAUACCCGUAAUGAUCUGGAAGCACAGAGUGCUAAUGCGAUGAAUGAUCCUAAGCCUGAAGAGCCCUUCGACCCCUUCUUCGACUUGCCAGAUGGUGUGAUCUUUAACCCCGAUAUGCUGUCUCCCAAGAGUCGUCGCCAAUUGUACCAGACGGAUGAUGAUGAUUCAGAUGAUAAUGCUCCUGCAAAUGAGUUUGGGGAAUACUAUACCCGUAAUGAUCUGGAAGCACAGAGUGCUAAUGCGAUGAAUGAUCCUAAGCCUGAAGAGCCCUUCGACCCCUUCUUCGACUUGCCAGAUGGUGUGAUCUUUAACCCCGAUAUGCUGUCUCCCAAGAGUCGUCGCCAAUUGUACCAGACGGAUGAUGAUGAUGCAGAUGAUAAUGCUCCUGCAAAUGAGUUUGGGGAAUACUAUACCCGUAAUAAUCUGGAAGCACUCUGUGCUAAUGCAGAUGAAGAUGACGAAUACUUUGGAAAGUAUGGAAGGUACACUGGAGGACUACACGAACCCUUUCCAUCCUGACUAUCCUCAUUUCUGAGAUUUGGUUUGGCACCAAAGUUGGUAUCUUUUGCUUUUGUAUUUUCCACGUCCAAACUCUUUCCUAUGCUCUCUCUCUCUCUUUAAUCUUUUUUUGAGGUUCAUGCUUUUAUGACUUUUUGUGCUGUAUGACGGAUGUAUGAGUUUGGGUAAUCUUUGAAUUUGUAGACAACUUGGGUUUAAAGUUAGGGCAAUGUUUUCGUUUUACGUCUUUUUCGUAAGUUGUUUGUUGACUUGCUCAUCUUUUUGUUUCCCUUCAAUGAGAUUUGAUAGCGAACUGAAUUACACGCUGUACCACCUUACGGGAACAAAGAUCAUUUCAUCAAAUUUGAGCAAAAUGUAUUAUAAUUUCAAUGAUAGACUCCAAAAAAUUUCUAACUGGUUCUCGGGAUUUAUGCCUAACUCAUCGACGAAAUUAGUGUAUUUAAACAUUACUUAAUAACAAAUAUGUUAUCAGUUUGCCAAAAAAAAAAAAAAAUUA